AUGAAGGAGAAGAUGGGAUGCACCACCGUAUUCUUCACCACUUUCCUCAUCCUCAUCUCCUCCGUCCAUUCCUUCUACCUUCCCGGCGUUGCUCCCCGCGAUUUCCAAACCGGAGAUGAUCUCUAUGUCAAAGUGAACAAAUUGUCAUCCACAAAGACUCAGCUUCCUUAUGACUACUAUUACUUGAAGUAUUGCAAACCUUCCAAGAUUGUGAACAGUGCAGAAAAUUUGGGAGAGGUUCUUCGAGGUGAUCGCAUUGAAAACUCAAUAUAUACGUUUCAUAUGAGGACGGAACAGUCCUGUACUGUUACUUGCCAUCAAACUUUGGAUGCUGAGUCUGCAAAGAAUUUUAAAGAAAAAAUUGAUGAUGAAUAUCGAGUGAACAUGGUUUUGGAUAACCUUCCAGUUGCUGUUCUUAGACAAAGAAGGGAUGGAAGUCAAUCUACAACAUAUGAACACGGUUUUCGUGUUGGGUUCAAAGGAAAAUAUCAAGGGAGCAAGGAGGAGAAAUAUUUUAUCAAUAACCACUUGAGUUUUAGAGUCAUGUAUCACAAGGAUCUUGAAACCGGUUCUGCUCGUAUUGUUGGAUUUGAGGUUACACCAAACAGUAUUAAUCAUGAAUACAAGGAGUGGAAUGACAAGAAUCCACAGGUUACAACAUGCAAUAAAGAUACCAAGAAUUUGUUGCAAGGUAGUACUGUGCCACAAGAAGUUGAUACAAACAAAGAUAUAGUAUUCACAUAUGAUGUUUCCUUUAAGGAAAGUGACAUCAAAUGGGCAUCACGGUGGGACACAUAUCUUCUAAUGAAUGAUGAUCAAAUCCACUGGUUCUCCAUCAUUAACUCUCUGAUGAUUGUUCUUUUCCUUUCUGGAAUGGUGGCAAUGAUCAUGAUGAGAACACUUUACAAAGACAUUGCCAAUUACAACCAGCUAGAAACCCAAGAUGAGGCCCAAGAAGAAACAGGGUGGAAGCUUGUUCAUGGAGAUGUUUUCAGGCCACCAAUCAAUUCAAAUUUGCUUUGUGUUUAUGUUGGUACUGGUGUUCAGAUCUUUGGAAUGACACUUGUGACAAUGAUAUUUGCUUUGCUAGGGUUCUUGUCUCCAUCUAAUCGUGGAGGUCUCAUGACUGCAAUGGUUCUACUGUGGGUUUUCAUGGGUUUAUUUGCUGGCUACUCCUCGGCGCGUUUGUACAAAAUGUUCAAGGGCACAGAGUGGAAGAGGAAUACCUUAAAAACUGCGUUUAUGUUCCCGGGCAUUCUUUUUGCUAUCUUCUUUGUGCUGAAUGCGUUGAUCUGGGGGGAGCAGUCCUCUGGGGCAGUCCCCUUUGGAACAAUGAUUGCUCUAGUGUGCUUAUGGUUUGGUAUAUCGGUACCCUUAGUCUUUGUGGGCAGUUACCUGGGUUUUAAAAAGCCAGCAAUUGAAGACCCUGUUAAGACUAAUAAAAUUCCUAGGCAGGUACCUGAGCAGGCAUGGUACAUGACACCUGUCUUCUCAAUUCUGAUUGGUGGCAUUCUUCCCUUUGGUGCUGUGUUUAUCGAGCUCUUCUUUAUCCUGACAUCAAUAUGGCUGAACCAGUUCUACUACAUCUUUGGCUUCCUUUUCAUUGUGUUCAUCAUCCUAUUGAUCACGUGUGCAGAGAUUACGGUCGUGCUUUGCUACUUCCAGUUGUGCAGUGAAGACUACAAUUGGUGGUGGAGAUCUUACCUCACUGCCGGGUCAUCAGCUGUUUACCUUUUCCUCUAUUCAAUUUUCUACUUCUUUACCAAAUUGGAGAUUACAAAGCUGGUCUCAGGCAUCCUUUACUUUGGGUAUAUGAUUAUUGUUUCAUAUGCCUUCUUUGUUGUGACUGGAACUAUUGGAUUCUACGCUUGCUUCUGGUUUGUCCGCAAAAUCUAUUCUUCUGUGAAGAUUGAUUGA